AAUAAAAUUUUUUUAAUAUGACAAUUAUGUUAUUACAAAACGUUAGAAACGCAUAUUUUACCGUUAAAAACAGAACAUGGUAGUUGUUAUUAGACUUUGUGCAGUAGAGCCAGCUACAGUUACGAAAGAAGCAUGCCCUUAAAAUUGCGUUAUUAUUUUACGCGGUGUGCACGACGCAUUUGCGCGCCCCAGAUCCGACAAUCUGACAGAUGGAUGUAUUGUAAGGUCUUUUUUCUGCAGUUCCUGGGAGCGUCUGAACGGGGCGGCCGUGAUCCGGUCGGUGGCGGCAGCGGGUCUGGUGUACCGCACGAGCUGCCGUAGAGUCAGUGUGUGUGUCACUCCCUCAUCGGCGGCUCGCUGCUGGAAACAUGGCGUCAGUGCACACACGGGCGAGCCUCAACUCUGCAAACGGGUAGAGAAAGAAAGUGUGCACCGGGACUCGCAUCGCACACCAGUCUUUGCAAAGUCGGCCUCUCUUUUCCUGGACAUGUUCUGUUUCGUGCACGGGUGAACGGAGACCAAUCCCGUCGAUUCGGCCCCGGUUAUGGAGCCUCCGGAUGAGAUCAGGCUCAAGGACUCGUCCGAAGAUGUGCCCCAGCAGAACACUGAGGUGGAUGAGUCUUGGGACGAGCCCAGUCAGGAAGAGGAGGCUCUCUACAGCACCUCCCCUCCCCGCACUUCUCGGCAGAUAAAACGCAUGUCCAACAAACACCAGAAAAGCAGCCAGGGGUCAAAGGGCAAGGAGAAGCUGUGUUCCUCCAGCCCAUUGUCUCAACGAGAACGCGAGGGAGCCAGAUCAGCCGAACCUCCUGAAGAGCACAGCUACAAGCAAGAAAAGAAGCAGCGCUUCAACCAGCGCUCCAACGAGCGGGACAGCAAGAAGAAGUUUGAGGGCUCCUUCAUGCUGGAUCCGGUGUCCAAGACCAGUGCCAUCGGCUCCAGAAACAUGGAUCCCCGCAAGCCCUACCUGAGCCUAGGCAUGAUGCCCGUUCGCACUCACCGGCAGACCUCACGCUCAGACUGUCCGGCAGACCGCCUUAAAUUCUUUGAGACUCUGCGGCUGCUGCUUAAGCUUACCUCCAUGUCAUCUAAGAAAAAAGAGAAAGAGCAGCGAGGCCUGGAGAACACCUUUAUGGGCCAGAACAAUGAGGUCAUCUGGUUGGAGUUGCAGGCCUGGCAUGCCCGCCGUAAUGUUGCCGAGCAGGACUUGUACCUGUACACUGCCCGCCAAGCCAUACCUGACAUCAUCAACGAGGUUCUGCACUUCAAAGUUGAUUAUAGCAGCUUAUCUGGACUUGAGAGCAACGUCUCAUUCGAGGAGAGCAACUUCUGUCCUGGAGAAACCAAUUGUAGGAACGAUCCGCUAAGCUUUAGCACCUGCUCCACGUCAUGGGGAGAAAUCGACGCCGCUGCUCCGUUUUCCUCAGUGCUGGAUUGCCGGGAGCACCUGCAAAGGCAGCGAGUAGCUUUCGAUCAGGUCAAGAGGGUCAUGUCGCUGUUAGAAUCAGUGGAGGCUCUGUAUCCGUCACUUCAAACCUUGCAGAAAGACUAUGAAAAGUACGCGGCUUGGGACUUCCAGGGCAGGGUGCAGGCGCUCUGCUUGUGGCUCAAUAUCACUCAGGACCUGAACCAGAAGCUGCGCGUCAUGGGCACCGUGCUGGGCCUCAGGGACCUUUCCCGCAUCGGCUGGCCCAUCUUUGAGAUCCCCUCGCCUCGCUGCUCCCGUGGCAAUGAGGACGAUGAGGUGGACGAGGAUGAGACAGAGUCCACCGCUACCUUCACUGCCGACAACGACGGUGAGGAAAGGACUUUGAGUGAGGCGACCAGUGACGGGGAGCAGUCGCCUUGCUCCACGCCAAAGUUUUCACGCCUCCUCUCAGAGGAGGAGUUCCUCCCGCAGGACAACGAGACCUGCUACUGUCCCACCGCCAUAUACAGGCCGUUUGUGGAUAAGGCACUUAAACAGAUGGGAUUGCGUAAACUGAUCCUCAGACUGCACAAGCUGAUGGACCGCUCGCUGCAGAGGUCUAGAACUGCUCUGUCAAGUCACAUGCCCACUCAAGAGUUGUCAGCGGUCCCGGGUUAUUCUUUGCAGCACUGUGACUACCUUCCAGAGCUAUCUCGUCACGUGUCUGGUCAGGUGGAGGAGGAGGAGGAGUCGGGACGAGUAUCGUGCAAGGAGCUAGUGGACAUGGACCUACCCUCAUUCCGGCCGGCCUUCUUGGUGCUUUGCCGUGUGCUGCUAAAUGUUAUUCACGAGUGCCUCAAACUGCGCCUUGAGCAAAGGCCUGCAGGGGAACCGUCCUUGCUCAGCAUCAAGCAGUUGGUGCGUGAGUGUAAAGAGGUUCUUAAAGGAGGGCUCCUGAUGAAACAGUACUAUCAGUUCAUGCUGCGAGUGUCGUCACUGACCCCAGGGUUUCAGACUAACACCAACAUCGAUGAGUUUGAGGAGGAUCUGCACAAAAUGCUAGAGGUGUACUUUGACUACAUGCGCAGCUGGAUCCAGAUGUUACAGCAGCUGCCUCAAGCCUCCCACAGUCUGAAGAACCUGCUGGAGGAGGAGUGGAAUUUCACCAAAGUCAUCACUCCAUAUAUCCGGGGUGGAGAAGCCCAGUCUGGGAAACUAUUUUGUGAUAUUGCUGGCAUGCUGCUAAAAUCAACUGGAGACUUUCUGGAUGCGGGCCUUCAGAAGAGUGGUAAUGAGUUCUGGGAGUGUGCGGAUGACAGCACUGCCUCGGAUGAAAUCAGACGUUCGGUGAUUGAGACGAGUCGCUCGCUCAAAGAGCUCUUCCAUGAAGCCAGGGAGAGAGCUUCUAAAGCAUUAGGCUUUGCCAAAAUGCUGCGCAAGGAUCUUGAGAUUGCUGCAGAGUUCAGGUUAACCAGUGGAGUUCCAUCUCUCCUCCAAGCCCUGAAGGCCAAGAAUUAUGUUAAAGUCCAAAUCCCUGCACUGGAGGAGCUCCAGGUGUUUGUUCCUUGUGAUCUGAUGGAACAACGGCUAGUCAUCUUACAGCUGUUGAAUGCAGCAGCUGGAAAGGACUGCUCGAAAAAAGAACCAGACGAGAUCCCAGAAAUUGAGGCCUAUCUGCUCAUUAGCAAACAUGGAGUCGGAGACUCGACCACCGAUGGCGCUUGGAACGAGUGGGAUGGCACUAUGCUCAAACUAGUACCUCAGAUGGAGACUGUGGACACAUUACGGGCCAUGAAGGUGGACAAUCUGUUGCUAGUUGUGAUGCAGUCAGCCCACCUGGUGACACAACGUAAAGCCUUCCAGCAGUCGAUGGAAGAACUUCUCACCCUCAGCCGAGAGCAGACAUCCAGCCAACCGCUUAUCGUCUCUGCCUUGGAACAGCUCAAGAAUGAGGCUCUCCAGCUGUGCAUCAAGAUCAACACCGCUAUCGACCGUGUGGAUUACAUGUUCACAUCAGAGUUUGAGGCUGAGGUGGAGGAGACGGAGAAGGCCACACUGCAGCAGUAUUACAGAGAGGCCAUGAUCCAGGGCUACAAUUUUGCUUUUGAGUAUCAUAAAGAGGUUGUGCGGCUGAUGUCUGGAGAGUUCAGGCGGCGGAUAGGGGAGCGUUACAUCGCUUUUGCCCGCAAGUGGAUGAACUUUGUCCUCACAAAGUGUGAAAGUGGAAGAGGCACUCGUCCAAGGUGGGCGACGCAAGGCUUUGAUUUUCUUCAAGCGAUUGAGGCUGCAUUUAUAUCAGCCUUGCCAGAAGAUGACUUUCUGAGUCUGCAAGCUCUGAUGAAUGAAUGUAUAGGGCAUGUUAUUGGUAAACCGCACAGUCCAGUCAGCAGUAUGUAUUUUAGCACGCGAAACAGCCCUCGACCUGUCAAAGUCCCCCGUUGCCACAGCGAUCCUCCAAACCCAUUACUCUUUAUCCCUUCAUCUCAUUCUGAGGCCUUCAGGGGUUCUAGUGUACACGAGAACGACCGUCUCUCAUCUGUGGCGGCGGAGCUGCAGUUUAAGUCCCUCAGUCGCCACUCCAGCCCGACAGAAGACAGAGAAGAGCCCUCGUAUCCCAAAACAGACCCCAGCAGUACCGCCCGUCGCAGCUGGGAGCUCCAUAACUUCAUCAGCCAGUCAAAAGGUAAAAUAAAGAAAUUAAAAUAUGUAAAAGUUAUUUAAAGCAGUCUGGCGCUCGCACGCAUCUUCGAUGACAAGCACUAUGCCCUCAUGAGGCAGCGAAACAUCAUCGGACAGGUGUGCAACACCCCCAAGUCCUACGAUAACGUCAUGCAUGUGGGCCUGCGCAAGGUCACAUUCAAGUGGCAGAGAGGCAACAAAAUAGGCGAAGGGCAGUAUGGAAAGGUUUACACAUGCAUCAAUGUGGACACUGGAGAACUGAUGGCCAUGAAGGAGAUUCGCUUUCAGCCCAAUGACCACAAAACCAUAAAGGAAACGGCGGACGAGCUAAAGAUCUUUGAAGGAAUCAAACAUCCCAACCUUGUCCGCUACUUUGGUGUCGAGUUGCACAGGGAAGAGAUGUAUAUCUUUAUGGAGUACUGUGAUGAAGGGACCCUGGAGGAAGUGUCUAGACUGGGUCUGCAGGAGCAUGUGAUCCGUCUCUACAGCAAGCAGAUCACCACGGCAAUCAACGUGCUCCACGAACACGGCAUUGUUCACCGUGACAUUAAAGGAGCCAAUAUCUUCCUCACGUCGUCGGGCUUGAUAAAGCUUGGCGACUGCUGCUCGGUGAAGCUGAAGAACAAUGCUCAGACGAUGCCUGGAGAGGUGAACAGCACACUGGGAACAGCAGCAUACAUGGCUCCUGAGGUCAUCACAAGAGCAAAGGGUGAAGGUCACGGCCGUGCUGCUGAUAUCUGGAGCCUUGGUUGUGUUCUCAUAGAAAUGGUCACUGGAAAGAGACCUUGGCACGAAUAUGAGCAUAACUUCCAGAUCAUGUAUAAAGUGGGAAUGGGCCACAAACCACCCAUUCCUGAAAAGCUGAGCACAGAGGGGAAGGACUUCCUGGCCCACUGCCUGGAGAGUGAACCGAAGCGGCGCUGGACCGCUAGUGCCCUGUUGGACCACCCCUUUGUCAAGGUCUGCACGGAUGAAGAGUGACGGGGAAAGACGUGUAUUCUCUUAAAUGUUUACAUAAAUGCUAGCACUACUUCACACAGCAUGAGGGAGGAAGAAGGAAAAACAGACACGCUCUGCUCGAUACUAGCCCCUCGCGACAUUAAAAGCUGGGCAAGUCUUACAUGUACAGUAACAUGGGAUGAAAUGUGCGAGUGCGUUAUGUACAUACUGUAAGAAUAGGGUUAGGGUUUUUCUUUGUACAAAGCAUAUUGUAAAAUUGAAGUUUAAUAGCCACUUUGUUGGUGAUUGAGUCACAGGGAAUACAUGUUAGGAGACUUUAAUUCAAGGGACGCUCUCACACAAAGCAUC